AUGAUGCAGACUGCAAGGUCGAAACCCGACGCUCAUCUACAACAACAGCCUAGGAUGUUCCUCAAGGACUUCGACACACCCGCAGAACAUCACAGGUGGUCAGAGCUUGUGCCCCCUCGUACAGCUCUCACCUUCGCUGCGAUUUGGGAUGAAGACGAAGGCAUGGUCACUUUCUCCGGCGCCCACCUCUUCGACUCGGAGACGGCAGAGAAGGGGCGCAGGGACCAGCUGGCAAACGACUCCCCUUCUGAUGUCGCGUUUGGGGAUGGCGAGUCGCAGGUCCUCACCAUAAACGACAGGUUCGCUAUCGCUAUCUCUGAGUCACCCGCUCGCCCAGGGCAUGCCCUUCCCUCCGCAGGCAUCGACUCUCUCGCCUUCGCACGCGACGCUAUGAUCGAUGGCGAAACCGUCAUGGACUCACGUUCAUGUCUUGGUGCUGGUGGCCUUCGCGUUCCACCGGGCAUCCAUUACGCGCCCGACAGUCCUGCAGUCGCGUCUUCAAUGGCGCUGGCGUCGCUCGCAAAUGUCCCCUUCCGCCGCAGGACUUUGAUCAACAAUCCAUUCAGCCGCACCAGACGCGAUUCGCAACGAGCAAGGCGCGCAGAGCUUCGCGUUCAGACGAACGGCGACGAGGUAAGGCAUUGCGACGCGCAGAGCGCGAGGAGCGACGUGACCGACGAAGGUUUCUUCGAGGACCGCCGCCUAACGACCGGGACCCUCGGGACCGCGCCUGUUCUCGUUGAAGUUAAUUUGUCCUCUGCGUUCUCCGUGACCACGACCUCUACCUCGCGCUAUGUGGAGGUCGACCACCCGUCGCAAGCCGAGACCUACUCAUGCGAGCAUCGGUCACAGCGGACACAGGUCCACCGCCAGAGUCAGCCCCCGCUUGUCAAGGAGAAAGCCGAGAGUGUGGGCGAGUCGGCGUGGUCCACGCUGCGCGAUGCCGAGCGCAACAUCUGCUUCAACGUUCCGCUCGAGAUCGGGCGCAGGCUGAAGAAACAGCGCUCCCCACGCCGCUCGUCUUCUCCCCCCGCGAGCCCCGAGGAAGUCCUCGCUCGUCAGUAUUACAAUCACUUCCCAUCACCCUCGUCCGUCGAUUCGGACAUGUCUACCUGGAGCGGCAUGCACGGCAGACAAGGGUGCGGCCCCAACAUCCCACGGCCAUCGACGCCGAAGGGGAGCAUGAAGCUCGGCAAGUCGCUCCUCCACCGUGUCGUAUCGUGCAAGAAGCACGACGGCAUGGACGACCGAUGGGUAUACGUCGAGGUCGAACACAAGGUCAAGCAGCGGGUGUGCGCAGUCUGUGUUUGA